AUUUGGAAACUCGACUGGGACUUUUAGCCUCCAUUCACCUUGCACCUGGAGCUAUUACGCCGACAGUCCAGACCAGCAGUGCAGCUGUCAGGGGAUCAAGGCACAGGGAAAAGAUUUCAGCAGGCGAAGACUCAUUGCUUCGAGAUAAAUACUCCUCAAUGCGUGCUUCUAAGCUCUGCUCACCCACACCGACGCAUGGAGAAGGGAAGGAACGUGACCGAGUUCAUUUUAGUCGGCCUCACACAGAGCCCCCGAGCACAGAGAGCGGUGUUUGUGGUCUUCUUGGUCCUGUACAUGCUGACGCUGUGCGGCAACCUGCUGAUCGUGGUCACCGUCGCCAGCAGCCCUGCUCUGAGCUCCCCCAUGUAUUUCUUCCUCAGCCACCUUUCCUUGAUAGACACAAUUUAUUCUUCCUCAUCAGCGCCCAAGCUGAUCGUGGACUCCCUGCGAGAGAAGAAAGUCAUCUCCUUUAACGGCUGCAUGGCUCAGGUCUACGCAGAACAUAUUUUUGGUGCUACGGAGAUCAUCCUGCUGACGGUGAUGGCCUACGACCGCUACGUGGCCAUCUGCAAGCCUCUGCACUACCCGACCAUCAUGAAGCACCAGCUCUGCGCCCUCCUGGUGGGAGUGGCCUGGGCCGGAGGCUUUGUCCACGCCACCAUCCAGAUCCUCUUCACCGUCUGGCUGCCCUUCUGCGGCCCCAAUGUCAUCGACCACUUCAUGUGCGACCUGUACCCUUUGUUGAAACUCGUCUGUGCGGACACCCACACCCUCGGUCUCUUUGUUGCCGCCAACAGUGGGUUCAUCUGCCUGUUGAACUUCGUCCUCUUGCUGGUGUCCUAUGUGAUCAUCCUGUGCUCCCUGAAGAACUAUAGUAUGGACGGCCGGAGCAGAGCCCUCUCCACCUGCCUGUCUCACAUUACAGUGGUUGUUAUUUCCCUUGUGCCCUGCAUAUUUGUAUAUAUGCGCACAGUGACCAUUCUUCCAAUUGAUAAAGCUGUUGCUGUCUUUUAUACAGUGGUGGCCCCCAUGUUAAACCCAUUAAUCUACACUCUCAGAAAUGCGGAGGUAAAAAAUGCAGUAAGGAAGCUCUGGAGUAGAAAAGUGACUUCAGAAAAUAGGUGACCAGGAUCUCUGAGCAUUACACAGAGAGACAGAGGAAAUCUAGUCCAACUUGAGCUGUAAACAAAGAUGGCAGUUGCAGUAAGGAG